UGCAACUUUUGAAUAACAAACAUUUAAGUUUAACCUUGAAUUCAUGUCUCCUUAAACUUGUUGAUUUUAUAGGAUUUAUCUUAGCAACGAAAGCCGCAACUAUGGGCCUCACUGAAUAUACAUAUGAUGAUUCAUUCACCAUAACCCCAGGUGUGCUGAAAGUUUACAACAGGGACGGUGGUUUUCUGGUCAGAGGACUACUGGAUAAAAUUGAGCUGGAAAUGAUAACAAAAACAUUGGAAAACAAAGAAAUUGUAAACCAUGGAUUUGAUCUUGCAGAUGGGGAUGGGAGGGCUAGUAAAUUAGCACUCUGGAGUCAUCCUGGUAGUGACGUCACGGGUAUGAUGGCGAGAUCCGAAAAGGUGGCAGGAAGCUGUGCAAAGCUUCUAGGCGGAGAGGUGUACCAUUACCACACUAAACUUAUGAUGAAAGAACCGAAAACUGGUGGGAAACAUCUAUGGCAUCAGGAUUAUGGCUAUUGGUACAAGAAUGGGAAUCUGAGGCCAGACAUGAUCACGGCAUAUAUAGCAGUGGACAAGUGCGUCAAAGAGAAUGGCUGUCUUCAGGUUGUUGUGGGAACCCAUAACUGUGGCAGAAUAGACCACAACCUUGUACAUGGACAGACUGUUGCAGAUGACGAGAGAGUGAAACAACUUUGUGCACAUCAUGAACACAUCUUCGUAGAGAUGAACCCUGGAGACUGCUUGUUCUUUCAUUGUAACCUGCUGCACACAAGUGAUAAGAACGACAGUGAUUUGAGGCGAUGGGCCUUCCUCUGUUCCUACAACCGCGCGGACAAUGACCCAGUGUACAAGCAUCAUCAUCCUAAUUACACACCUCUGGAGAUGGUACCGAACAGUGCGAUUAAAGAAUGCACAAACUUCACUGAUUUUACCGGAAAAGAAUUCAUGGAUCCGAAUUCAGACAAAACUACAAAUGCGUCGCUAUUUAAGAAGAGUGGUUACCAUUAGACUACUCUAAAGAGGUACCAAACUCUGCCAUUAAGGAAUGCAAGAACUUCACGGAUUUUACUGGAAAAGAAUUCAUGGAUCCCAAUUCAGACAAAACUACCAAUGCUGCUUUGAAAAAGAGUGGCUAUCAUUAACGGCAUGGAAUAGAAUAUUUUGAAAACAUUUAGUCUCAUGGUUAGACUCCGGCCAAUAUAUACAUGUACAGUCUAAGCCUGUAUCGACAAAAACUAUUAUAUAGGCUGAUAUAUGCAAAUGGACAUG